UCUCCGCGACGCGUGGCGCCGCGCCAAGCCCGGAUGGCGGCGCCUGAUCUGGAGAGCCUGGCUCUUGUACAGGGGUUAAGCUGCAGUGGGACUCAAUACCUAUGGAAUAACAGGUGCUGCAGCCGAUGCCCACCAGGCCAGAAGGUGGAAGAGGACUGUUCAGGGGAGUCAAAUACCACAUGCAGUCCGUGCGAGGAGCACCACUUCCAGGGCGGCUGGACCAAGGAGCGAUACUGCACCCCGCACCGCUCUUGCAACCAGCAAGCCGGCCUGACUGUCCAUUGGAAUGGGAACAAGGAGCAAGAUGUCAUCUGCCAGUGCCAGGAGGGCACCCACUGCUCCAACCGCGAGUGCCAGACCUGCCGGCCCCACAGGCUGUGCGGUCCAGGGGAGGGUGUCCAUCGGGCAGGCAGUCACGAGAAUGACACUGUCUGCAUCCAGUGCCCUUGGGGCUUUUUCUCCAACGUCUCGUCCUCCACAGCUCGGUGCCAGCCCUGGAGCAGCUGCAAGGGAAACGGGAUCAUCUCGAAGGCAAAUGGCACGCGGGCAACGGACGUCACUUGUGGCUCCCUGCCCCACCAGAAGCCCAGGCAGACUCACCUGCUGGCGCUGCUCCCUCUUGCUGCCUUACUGCUGGGGGCGCUCCUUUUCUUGUGGCAUCAGCACGGCAAGUGUGCUCGGAAGCGACUUCAGGGACAUCAGAAUCCGCCCCAGGACCCCCCCGAGCCCACUGAGAACGAAGAGGAUUGCCCUACUUUUCCCACUCAGGAGACCCCGCUGGGGGAGCAGAUGGGCAUCCAGGAGAAGGGCAAGGACUGCCAUCUAGCUCAACAGGAGCAGACUGCACCUUUGGGAGACUCUAGGAAACAAAACGAACACGUUGGCAAGAAGAGAGGAGGAAAACAGAAGAUUCACUGAUCCGUACAAAAGAUGGUGGACUUUUCUGGUGGCCUCAGCUGCUCCGACACGUGUGUGUACGCAUUCUCUCAAGCAUUCUGCAGAUAUCACAGCCCUUUAAUCAUCAGCCCCGUGCCCGGCCUCCCUACGGUUUGUUCCUUCUCCUAAUGGGGGCGAUCCACUUAGGAAGAAAGACUCCAACAAAGAAUAGCCACAUCUCCAUAUCUGAUUCUUGCCUCUCAUGUUGCUUCGCUCCUACCAAUGUGUCGUGUGCGUCUUCGGCACUGGGUCACCUCUGCGCAGCUUUCUAUAUGGCUGCCUCCACCUGUUUUGUCCUGGGCCAGGAAGGAGAGGUGGAUCUACCUGCAAACAAGUGUUCCGAGUGCCUCCAUUGCUCCUCAGUUGUGGGGAAAGAGCGUAGAAGGAUGAAGCAGUCGCCAGCCUCCGAGCAGAUGAUGUCUGAACUGUUGCUCCCAAGGGACAACCUCUUUACGCACUGAUCAGCCUUAGCUGACCUCACGAGUGCCGUGUUAUUAAAUGUUUGGUUGUAAAUAACAGCUUCUUUCAUUAUUACAA